UCAGCUAUCUAAUGAUCUAUUUGCAACCUAUUUCUGGACAUCUGGUAGACAUGACAGACUCCACACUUAAACUUCUCUGAACUCUCUUUAAAAAAUUUUUUUUAAAUAAACUAUUUUUUAAAGAGUAGUUUUAGCUUCAUAGCCAAAUUAACAGGAAACUACAGAGAUUUCCCAUAUAUCCCAUGCCCUCACAUACACAUAGUCUGCCUCAUUAUUAACCUCCAGCACAACAGUGGUGCAGUUGUUAUGAUUGAUGAACCUACAAAGGCAUGUUAUCACCCAAAGACCAUGAUUUACAUUAAGGUUUCCUCUUGUACAUUUUAUGGGUUUGGAUAAAUGUAUAAUGACAUGUGUCCACCAUUAUAGUUAUACAAAUUAGUUUCACUCCCCUAAAAUUUCGGUUUACUGCCCUAAAAAUUCUCCACCUAAUCGUCCCUCCCUCCUGCCUAACCUCUGGCAACUAUUGAUAUUUUUAUUGUCUCCAUAGUUUUGCCUUUUCAGAAUGUUAUACAGUUUGUAGCCUUUUCAGAAUGGCCUCUUUGACUUAGUAAUAUGUGUUUAAGUAUCCCCCACUGUCUUUUCAUGGCUUGACAGUGCUCGCUCUCUCUCGUUCUAAGUGCUGAAUAAUACUCCAUUGUCUGGACAGAGCACAGUUUAUUUAUCCAUUCACCUAGUGAAGGACAUCUUGAUUGGUUCCAAGUUUUGCCAGUUGUGAAUAAAGUUGCCUGUACACAUCUGUGUGCAGGUUUUUGUGUGGAUGUGUUUUCAACACAUUUGGGUAUAUACCAAGGAAUGCAAUUGCUGGAUUGCCUGGCAAGCCUGUCAGUCUUGUAGGAAAGUGCCAGACUGUCUUCCAAAGUGACUGUGCCAUUUUGCUUCCCUGCCAGCGAUGAAUGAGAGUGCCCAUUGCUCCACCCCCUCACCAGCGUUUGGUGGUGUCUGUGUGAGCUUGCUUUUCACUCUGCUCUGACCGCAGCUGUCCCACUCUCAGUUGAUAGCGACUCUGUCCUUCCAGCUGCUGAGACUGAAAAUCCAGGGCUCGUUCUCGACUCACUCCUUUUCCAGUCCUACGGGAAAUCUGAUUGGGUCUACUUUCAAAACAGAUCAUGAAUCUGACCCCUUUUCACCGCCAUGCCUGCCCUCAGCCUGGUGAGAGCCACCAUGCUCUAUCUGAAUUUCUGCAGAGGUCAUCCACUGAUCUUGAUCCUAUGCUUUUUCUUUCCAAGUCUGUUGUCAACGCUUCAGCCAACGUGACCCUUUCAAAGUAUGAAUCAGAGAUAAUUUCAACUCUCCAUGCAGACACUGUCACUGCAAUUAUUGGUGAAGUGAUCAUCACUUCCCAGCAAAGAGAUGAGAUCAUGGUGUCCCAGACCUUUACCUCGGAUAAGAUACCACCUUUGCACACAUGCUCCAGAUUGGACUCUAAAAUCUGCUGGUUGUUGGGGAAUGACAUUUGGAGUUCCUCAGACAAUGGUAGCAUUUGUGUUGAAAUCUUUUCUGGAUGAUGCUGGAUGUAAGCUUGUCUUCUAUUUUCACCGAGUGGCCAGAGGGGUUUCCCUCAGCACCACCUGCCUGCUCAGUGGUUUCCAGGCCAUUAAGCUCAACACUAACACCUCCAAGUGGUUGGAGCUCAAGGUUACAUUCCCAAAGUGCUUUGGCUUCUGCUGUUUCCUCUGCUGGAUCCUGCAUCUCCUGUUGAAUAUCUUUAUUACUUUGCAUGUUACUGGACCAAGAAAGAACAAAAACAUGAGUGUGGAAAUUUAUGAAUACCGUAAUUCACCCAUUCCAAACAAAUUUGUUGUUUUACUACAUGCAGUCAUGUUCUCCUUCAUUGGUGUCACUUGUUGGGGCCUCAUGGCCUGGUCUAGUGGCUCCAUGGUCUCUGUCCUGCUCAGGCACAAGCAGCAAGUCCAACACAUUCACAGCAACAGACUUCCCCCCAAACCUUCCCACGAGGCCAGAGCCACGCACACCAUCCUGGCCCUGGUGAGCAUAUGCAUCUCCUUUUAUUUUGUCUCUUUCAUUUUGUCUUUGUGGGUAACACUUAUUGUGAACCCAAGCCACUGGCUGAUGAACAUCUCUGCCCUGGCAUCUUCAGGCUUCCCGACCUUCAGCCCCUUCAUGCUCCUUGGCAGUGAUACCCGUGCCUCUCAGUUUUUCUCUGCUUCUAGGGAAGAAAAAUAAUUUUUCCAAGUAUGGUCUCUAAAACAGUAAGUUCCCUAUAGGACAUCCUAUCAUUUAUUUACUCACUUUUCUUUUGCCGAUUUAAAAAAAAAAAUGUAUUCAUUUUUGAGAGAGAAAGACAGAGUGCAAAGA